AGUAAAUACAUUCCUUGAAAUAAGUCAUCUUUAUCAAAAUAUUUUUACGUCUCUAUUUACAUAGAAAUUCUAUGUUGAUAUGAAUCUAUGUACUAAUAAUAAAUGUCUUCAUAAUCAACAGUUGCCCAAAUACACUAAUAAUCAUAUAAUUUGCUGGAAAAUACUUUUCUUUCUUCAAUGAGAAGACAACUCUUGUGUUUAUAUACAGACGCGCGAAGUUAAAUCAGUGGUGUGGAAGCAGGCAGUUGACGGCCGUACUUCGUCUCACGCUUAUACUGUCAGAAAUAACUGUUUUGUGCAGUCACUGAGGUCAAGACAUGGCAUCUUCCCCACGAUCUCUGAAACGCAGAGAAAUGUACAAGAUUAGAACGCCACCAUGGAAGGAGGCGUAUAGAAAGCGAUGUCUGGAUCGGUUACGAGGAAGUCGAGAGAAAUUGUUUUCCCGUUUCCGCAACAUACAACCUGACAGUGAGGGAAAGAACAAGAAAGAUGAGUUUAUCAAGGACCUGAUGACAGAUGAGUGGAAAUCUCUACAGAGAGACAAGGCAUCAGGCAACAGUGCAGAUUUAAUGGACUUUGAUAUGGCUUCUUUUGAUGUGAGUGAGGUAGAUGAGAUGCUGAAUUUGUUUGAAGACAUUCAGGAUGAUCUGAUUAAAGAAGAAAGUAAACUGCUAUCUGAGUACGAACGUUAUGAACUUAGUCUGCAGAGGGAGGAGGAGGUUCUGUGUUCUGCCAUUGAGACCCUGUCUACAGAGGAUGUUCUCUGCCCAGUGUGUCAGAAACAUGUAUUGAUGCUGAACAAGGGUAUUGUGUUCUGCAGCUGUGGAUUGAGAAUUGAUACUGAGCAAGAUUGUCUGAGCCUAAGCAACAUCAGCCAGCAGCUGACUGAAGGAAUGUCAGAACAUACAGCCAAGUGUCCUGACAACCCCAGCUUCCAGGUUAUGUCUGGUCUUGGUGCAACUAACCUCCUCAUGACAUGUCAGACAUGUGACUUCAUGAGCGUUGUAAUCUGACAGUGUUCCAGGUCCAGCUCUGUGCCAAAGUGUGAUAGAACAAUAUGUUGUGGCUGUGCCUGACUGCAAAAUAUUUCCCAUUUCUGUUCAUAUUGUCAAUCAAACCAUGCCUAUUUGUGAUGUAAGGAGGCAGACAUCACACAUUUUUCCACCAGCCAGUCAACCUGAAGAGCUUCUAAGAAGCAAAUCUGUCCAGUGAGCUAGGAAAUGUGUUGAACCGUAUUUCAAGUGAUGUUGAUCGUUCCAUCUAAACUGCUCGAAUUGAUGACAAAAUCCUGUAACAAGGAUCAGCUAUGUCACUUAUUCAGAAGUUCAUAUUCUACAAUAUCUGAGCAUGUCUCAUGUACUGUGUUAGGCAUGUGUAUCGUCAGCUGUCUCUGGUUUGGUGUUUCCCAUCUCUAGUCACCCUAAAUACUCCUCAGCUCAGAAAUGAAAAUUUAUCUUAUAUCCAGUCAUUCUCCUGUCAGAAUACAUAAUGUUCUGCUCUGGGAAAGAUAAAUGAAUUUCACUUUUGAUAUAAAAAUACAUGCUGAAUUGCAUUGCUGCCAUAUUUGAAGACGGGACAUUACUCUGCCUGCAUCUAUGUUUUUCUGUCUUGUAUAUCAGUUAUUGCUUCUUAUGUUUAUAUAACCACCACUAACACCUCCCCACCCCUGCCUCCUCAGAUGCUGCACGGGGUGGUGGGGUAGCCUAGUGAUUAAAGUGUCCGCUCAUCACACCGAAGACCCAGGUUCGAUUCUCCACAUGGGUACAAUGU